AUGAAAAAAGUAAGGGCUCAAAGACAAAACCUCCGCUCCUCGCUACCAAAGAACCUCCAUCUCCGCCCUUUUCAACCUCCGCUCCCUGCCAUCUCCGCCCCUCGCUACCUCUAUCCUGAAUCGGAUUCAUCCCCGCUCCUUGCCACCGCCUCCUCCUCCCUGAACCCCUCGAAUCGUUUUAGGACCCAAAAUUCAGGUUUUGCGGUUCCACCUCUGUUGAGUCCACCAGAGGAAAACGGUGGGUCCACCAGCUCGACUCCACCUCUACAAUCCGGAAGCUCGUCGAGCAGCGAUCCGGAAGCUCAUCGAGACGUGUUUCGCCAUGAAAGGAUGAGGUUCGAAAGUUGA